CCACGAGGAUGGUCUCUUUUGUAUAGACGGUACGACCGGGCUUCCCCGGUCUAUCCAUGAAGAGACAGCUAGACUUCUGUCCUGUCAGGAAGUGGACCUUGAUGUGUGGGGCUCCAUCUCUAUGUCCAAGAGGACCGAGCAAGAACAUCAGGAUAGUACAAAAAACUGCUAUUUCACCCAGCUACAGAUGUGC